AUGGUUUCUGAUACUCAGUUUCAGUUAUUAUUACUAUCACUAUUCCUUAUUGCCCCCAAAAAUUGUCUUUUUACUGACCUUAUUUUCUGUCCAUUUCUUAAAAUCUUCUUAUGCUUUCCAAUAUUGCACAUUUUCAGCGUCGCUGGGACACAAACGACACCGGAAGCCCGCCUGGAGGCCCUGCAGUGUCACUUCACGUGGAAGCUGCACGCCAGCAGAUCCAGACUGUUCUUGCUCAAGGACAAAGUGGAAGACAUCGGCACCGUGGAGGGAUACAACUGGCUGGGUCACAUGUACAACUUGCAGGGUUUCGUACACCACCAGCUGGGCCUCACGCCGGAGGCCUUGCGUUACUUCAGCAGGGCUGCCGAGGCUCUGCGUCAGGUGAGGAACACCGUCUCAGAAGAAGGUCCCUGGCUUGUCAUAAACUACGGGAACCUGGCUUGGCUGCACCACCUCAUGGGAGAACAGGCGGAAAGUCAAAAGUAUCUGUCCAAGGUCCACACCCUUCUGAUUGACCACCCUUCUCCGUGCCUUGAGGAACUCCAUCCAGAAAUCUGUGCCGAAAAGGCCUGGACCUUGAUGACGUUUGGAAAAGACAAGACCCCUCUGGCAGUGGAAUAUUUCCAGAGAGCCAUCAGGAUGCAGCCCGACGUGGUGGAGUGGCACUCCAGCCACGUCGUAGCUUUAGCCAGGACUUCCAAACGCUACAACGCGCGGCUGCAAGUUGACGUUUUGGAGAAAAUGGACAUUGCCGUCAAACAUGACCCGGACAACUUGUAUCUGGCGACGCUUCACCUCGCAGCUUGUGCUGCUAAAGGCCAAAGAAUCGAAAGCGAGGCGUGCCGGCUGGCAAAGAAGGUUUUGAGAAAGCCCGCCAGCAGCUACAGCGGCAUCAAACCCUUACUUAAACUCUACAGAGUCCAUCUGUCAAUGCAGGAAGCUCUCGACCUGGCGGAGGAAGCUGUUGAAAGACAUCCGGGCCAUCGUUACCUGAAGAGGUGUGCCGCAAUCUGCUACAAAAAGAGAAUACUUUUCUACAAAGACAUUCCGCCGGAGCAAAACAUGAUAGACAGAGCCAUCAGCUUGCACGAGGAAGUCAUUUCCCUCUACCCUCAAUCUUCACUGAGAAGGAAAAUAACACUGGCUAACAUUUGCGCCAAGUCCGUGCACGGCCGAGCUAAAGCCGACCAGAUAUUUGAGGACCUGCUGGAGGAGAGUCAGGAAGCUGCAGACAGACAGAUGCUGUACAGCUCCUACGCUAAAUAUUUACACCUGACAAAGAGGCAGAGCUACAAGUCCAUAGAAUAUUACAUGAGGGCGGCCGCUAUUCAGCAUCCGUCGGUGUAUCGGACAAAAAGCAUUCAGAUUCUGGAGAAAAUUAAGGCCAGGAAUAGAAACAGAAUGUGUGGAGAAAUCGAUGAGCUUCUGGCCAACCUACGAGACUGA